AUGUCGUCUCUCCGCUACACCUGCCGGGCCUCGCGCGCCCUGCUGGCGACCACUGCCCGCCGGCCAAUCCUCCAGAGAUGCCUGCGGCCUCAAGUGGCGCGAGGCUACGCCGUCUCGCUGGACGACCAGCACAAGCUCCUCUCCUCGAACCUUGCCCAAGCCGAUCCCGUCGUGUACGAUAUUGUAGAGAAGGAGAAACGGCGGCAAAAGCACUUCAUUAACCUGAUCCCCUCGGAGAACUUCACCUCCCAGGCCGUCCUCGAUGCUCUAGGAAGUGUUAUGCAGAACAAGUACUCGGAGGGUUACCCGGGUGCGCGUUACUACGGAGGAAACGAGUUCAUUGAUGAGGCGGAGAGAUUAUGCCAGCUGCGUGCUCUGCAGGCCUUCGGAUUGAAGGAGAGCGAAUGGGGCGUUAAUGUCCAGCCUCUUUCCGGCUCGCCCGCCAACCUUUACGCAUACUCUGCCCUCCUCAACGCACACGACCGAAUCAUGGGCCUUGAUCUGCCCCACGGCGGUCAUCUUUCCCACGGCUACCAGACUCCCACUAAAAAGAUCUCGGCCAUCUCGAAAUACUUUGAGACUCUACCUUACAGGCUGAACGAGAAGACCGGCCUGAUCGACUACGACAAGCUGGAAGAACUGGCUCUCCUUUACCGACCGAAGAUCAUCGUUGCCGGCACUUCCGCCUACAGCAGGCUACUCGAUUACGAGCGCUUCAGGGCAAUUGCCGACAAGGUUGGCGCCUACCUGCUUGCCGAUAUGGCCCACAUCUCUGGCCUUGUCGCCGCUGGUGUCAUCCCUUCUCCGUUCAACGAGUCCGACGUUGUGACGACCACUACUCACAAGUCUCUCCGUGGGCCUCGUGGUGCUAUGAUUUUCUACCGCAAGGGUACCCGUCGUGUGGACAAGAAGGGCGUUGAGGAGAAAUGGGACUUGGAGGAGAAGAUCAACGCAUCGGUUUUCCCUGGACACCAGGGCGGUCCUCAUAACCACACCAUCACUGCGCUCGCUGUUGCUCUGCAACAGGCUCAGUCCAACGAGUUCAGGGACUACCAGAGGCAAGUUCUUUCCAACGCCAAGGCCCUGGCCGAUAGACUAGGCAACUCCAAGGACAAGGGUGGCCUUGGCUACAACAUCGUCUCUGGAGGUACCGACAACCACCUGGUCCUGAUCGAUUUGAAGGACCGUGGCGUCGACGGCGCCCGUGUCGAGCGUGUCCUUGAACUGGUUGGCGUUGCCAGCAACAAGAACACGGUUCCUGGUGACAAGUCGGCAUUGAAGCCCGGCGGUCUUCGUAUGGGUACCCCGGCCAUGACCACUCGCGGCUUCACGCCCGAUGACUUUGUCCGCGUCGCCGACAUUGUGCACCGUGCGGUGACCAUCACGCAGAAGCUGGACAAAUCUGCAAAGGAGGCGGCAGAGUCCAAGGGCAGGAAGAACCCUGGCAGCGUCAAUGCGUUCAGGGAACACGUUGGUGAGGGUGAGAACGUGACGGACAUCAUCCAGCUAAGGAAGGAGGUUGAGGAUUGGGUUGGUACUUUCAGUCUUCCCUGGAUCAAGAACGGCUCGUGA